UACCUCUCAGUGUUCGACCUCCCGGCGAACACUGAUGUGGAGCUCCGCCCUCUCAACGCCCGUCAUCUCCGGUGAAACUCCGGUGUUCUAGCUCCCGAAGAAAACUGAUAGGGAGCUCCGCCCUCUCAACGCCUGUCAUCUCCGGUGAAACUCCGGUGUUCGAGCUCCCGGCGAACACUGAUAGAGAGCUCCGCCGUCUCCGCUGAAAAGCUUGGUUGAUGAACAAUCACCAGUUUGCUUGUCCAACUCAUCUUUGUUCAUCGGGAGUUCAAUUCACAUGAAUUAGGUAUUUUCCAUCCAUUUGCCUGAUUUUAUUAAAUCCUUUCGUUAGCUAGGGGGAUUGAAAAUGAGAAAAAUGAAUGAUUGGUCGGAUUUUAACGUGAAUUGAUGGUUAUAAUUGUUAGAUGUAUAGAUCUAAUUGGGAAUUACCUUAAUUUUCUCAUUGUGGCACUCUGUAGCCACCAAGGACAAUUUUAAUAGUAAGUUGCUUAGGUUCCAUAGCUUAUGGUGGCUGUGGAAUGGAAUGAUAACAAAUGUAGGAAAUUCUUAGUCUUUACAAUAGCAUGAUUUGAAGAAGAGGAUUUCGGGAGCCCUGGAAAAUGAUGUAUGGAGUCUAUGUGAUGGGUUAUCAGAGUCGGAAAAGAGGUGAAAUUGGUCUGUUAUCCAUUGUCCGGUGUUCAAAUACAAUUGCCACAUCAAAAUGCCACCGAACAUUAUCAAUCCAUCAAGGCUUUACAACCAUGGACCUUUAUACAUAAAGCAGUUCUGACAGCUAAUUCUUAUUGAUACGCCUGAUUACAUUCUCAUGGUAAUUAAGGGAAAAUGUCCAGUCGCUCAGUUUGCAGGAGAUUUUUUAUGGAUCAGGAAUAAAAAGUUGACCUAUCAAGGACAUAUCAAUGAUGUGUUAUAUUUCAGUGGCAACUUUUAUGCAACCAGUUAUAGCGGCUAGGGAUUUAGGGGACAGAUUUUUUCUUGGGUGUAAUGCUUCUCUUUGGGUCCAACCUUCUCAACUUCCGGGAAUCAAGCCCGAUCAUAUUUAUAUUACAGAUGAUUGUUUGGGUGCAUACCUCCAGUUUAAAGAAGGUGGCGGCUUGGACAUGGGGGUGUUGAACUUAGCAGAUGGCAGUAUCCAGCCACAUUAUAUGGUGUUUCCCUCAGCCGCGUCUGUCCUCCAAUUUGGGUCACACCAAAUCCUUGCAUCCUUUGAUCCAUCAAAUCCAGUUACAUCUGUUGAUAUUCAUAAGAUUUUUGAGAAUCGUUCCCAGAAGCACAUGCGUUUGAAGGCAGCUGGUGCACUAAAGCUCUCGCUAUGCGCAGGGUUUGGGGAAGGGCCGAACCACAAGGGUUAG